AUGUCAUCAGGACCCAAUCCAAUCAGCUCUCGUCGAGUGGCCGUGAUCGGAGCUGGAGCCGCCGGUCUCGCGACGGCGAGAGAGCUCCGGCGCGAGAGUCACUCCGUCGUCGUGUUCGAGCGAGAGAAACAAAUAGGAGGUCUCUGGGUAUACACUCCUCGUGUCGAACCAGAUCCGCUAAGCCUCGACCCGACCCGAACAAUCGUCCACUCGAGUCUCUACGAUUCUCUCCGCACCAAUCUACCCCGAGAAUGCAUGGGGUUUUCUGAUUUCCCCUUUGUGCCUCGACCCGACGAUGAAUCCAGAGACCCGAGACGGUACCCUAGGCACAGGGAAGUCCUCGCUUACCUUGAAGACUUCGCGAGCGAAUUUAACCUCGUGGAGAUGGUUCGAUUCGAGACUGAAGUUGUUCGUGUCGAGCCUGAAGACCAGAAAUGGAGGGUCAAGUCCAGAAAUUCCGAUGGUAUCUCCGGCGAUGAGAUUUUCGAUGCCGUCGUUGUUUGUAAUGGACACUAUACAGAGCCUCGAAUUGCUCGUAUUCCUGAUUCAUGGCCAGGGAAGCAAAUCCAUAGUCACAAUUAUCGUGUUCCAGAUCCAUUCAAAGAUGAGGUGGUGGUGGUGAUAGGAAAUUUUGCUAGUGGAGUUGACAUAAGCAGGGAUAUAGCAGCUGUCGCGAAAGAAGUCCAUAUCGCAUCUAAAACGACUGCAUCUGAUACAUACGAGAAGCUUCCCCGUCUCGACAAUCUAUGGCUUCACUCUGUGAUAGAGAGCACAUACGAGGAUGGCUCGGUGGUUUUCCAAAAUGGGAAGGUGGUGCAUGCCGAUACCAUUGUACAUUGCACCGGGUACAAGUAUAGCUUUCCUUUUCUCGACACCAAUGGUUAUGUGAACAUCGAUGACAACUGUGUCGGACCUCUAUACAAGCAUGUUUUUCCUCCGGCACUUGCUCCUGGCCUUUCCUUCAUUGGAUUACCAUGGAUUGUGCUACAAUUCUUUAUGUUUGAGAUCCAAAGCAAGUGGGUGGCAUCAGUAUUGUCUGGUCGGGUUACGCUUCCGACACAAGACAAAAUGAUGGAAGAUGUUGUAGCUUUCUAUGCAAAGCUUGAAGCCAUGGGUAUUCCCAAGAGAUAUACUCAUCGGUUAGGUGAAUCUCAGGUUGAGUACUUCAACUGGAUCGCUGAACAAUGCGGUUGCUUACCCGUUGAACAUUGGAGAAUACAAGAAUAUUAUCUUGGCCUCAGACUUUGCACUCAAUCUGAUACUUUUCGUGAUCAAUGGGACGAUGAUCAUCUUAUUGCAGAAGCGUACGAGGAUUUCGCAAAACUGAAACAGAACAGAGGUUCGUAA